CAGAGGAGCAAAACGCGCUGUAACACUUGCAUUUCAUUAUUGUAUAAUUCAACCUGUGCUGAGGAGAUAAAAAAAAUAUAUACUGUACUGUACAAGCAAAAAGAAACUGAGAUGUCGGGGCUUACACUCAUCUUGGCUGUUAUUAUUCUCAUGUCCACCAUCUUGAUGGAUCCCACUGUUUCCAUAAACACUCAACAAGAAGCUGAGAGCCAACCUAGGCUAGAAGUGGAAAACAAGGCAGCUCUUCAAGAAAACAUGAUCUACCGUCAGGAAGCACCCACCACUACUACAACCACCACAAGUCCCAAAACAACCACCACAAAUUUGCCGACAGACCCGCAGGAAAGAAUAAGACAAAUCAUAUUUUCUGUCUAUGGAACACCUUUGUCCAUGCUUCCGAGAACAGACGAGGCGAAAGUGGUUUUGUACAAGUAUACCGACGUCAACCUGGGGAACGGUUUCAACAUGUCCACCGGGAUUUUUACCGCACCGGUAGCCGGAUUGUACGAGUUCAACUGGGUCGCCGAAAAGGGAUCGCCGGCUACUCAGAGCUCGGCCCAUCUCAAGGUCCAGUCGGCAGGUUCGAAUGUCACCGAUGAAGCGGGGUCAGGGUUCUUUCCUGCAGCCACCUGCGCAACCAUGAUCAUCUCGACCCAGAGCUACCUGAAUUCGACUGACCGGGCGUGGGUGGAAUACACCGGGGAAUUCGGCACAGCCAACGCGAACGGAACCGGGAACGCCGCUUUCGAGUUCAGCACUUUCAUCAGGUUCUCUGGAAGGCUGAUUGCGACAGGAAGUCAUACCUCUCUGUGGUAGCAGCAGCGUCAUUCCUGAC